CAAAUAUAAUAAAUGGUCUGAAUAGCAAAUUAGCUGCUAUAUGCUUUACCUGAAUAUUUUUCUCACAUCACAUGAAAACAUCCAAACACUUUUUUUCUAUUUCUCUUUCUCGUUCUCGUACGCUGUUGGUUUGGUUGGAAAAUUCGAUUGCUCGCCAGCUCUAUAUCUCCAAAGCAAAAACGAAACCCUAACAGGAUCAGGGUUUUUUUUGGUCCUGAUCGUGGCUUCAUGUUGAAGAUUCGAGGUUGUAUCCCAAUUGACUUGGAAUUUCAAUUCGCCGUAGCUCGGUUUGGCUUAGGAAUUCGAUUCAAUUGGUGAAUUGGAGAGGAGAGGAAAAAGGAGGGAAAAAAAAAAAAAAUGAAGGCUAUGGAAACCAUACAAGAUCUGAUCGAUGAGGCUAAGCUUCGAACCCUUUGGUGGGCUCUGUGUGUAUUCGCCAUUUCGUAUUUUCUUACACAUACGAGUAAGUCAAUGUGGAUGAAUCUACCCAUAUCAAUUCUUUUUGUUUGUGGAUUGCGCAUUCUUUUCAAUGAAGUGGACUUUCACCGGAAAGUUAGACCAGUUUGGAGACAAACCUAUUUAUCUCAUUUGGAGAAGAAACAGUUGUCUGUAAAUGACUCACGACUUUCUACUGCACCUGCCCCGACAAAAUGGAAAAGGAAAAUUGAUUCUCCAAUUGUAGAGGAUGCAAUAACUGAUUUCAUUGACAUAAUUUUGAAGGAUUUCGUGGUAGAUUUGUGGUAUUCUGAUAUAACACCGGACAGGGAAUUUCCUGAGCAAAUACGUGCAGUAAUUAUGGAUGCUCUAGGUGAAAUAUCAGGAAGGGUUAAGAACAUAAACCUUGUUGACUUGCUUACAAGGGAUAUAAUUGAUUUAGUAGGGGACCAUUUGGACCUUUUUCGAAGAAACCAAGCUAUUAUAGGUGUCGAUGUAAUGGGAACAUUGUCCUCAGAGGAGAGAGAUGAAAGGUUAAAACAUCAUUUAAUGGCUUCUAAGGAGCUUCAUCCUGCAUUGAUAUCACCAGAGAGUGAGUACAAGGUUCUUCAGAGACUAAUGGCUGGAGUCUUGACUUUGGUGCUAAGACCAAGAGAAGCUCAAUGUCCUGUGAUUCGAUCUAUUGCCCGAGAACUUUUGACAUGCUUGGUAAUCCAACCUCUUAUGAAUUUGGCAAGCCCUGGGUGUAUCAAUGAGUUGAUUGAGUAUGUUUUGCUUGCCAUUAAAGAUUAUAGCACGAAAGAGGUAGGUGGUGAUCGGUCAAGUGCUAGGGAAGUACAUGAUCAUGAUUCUGCGAAAAGGAAGUAUUCGUCCUUAAGUCAAGCAACUGACAUGACAUUAGCAAAAACUGAUGAUCGGAUUAUGACAUCCUCAAAUUAUAUCAAAUCACAGGAAGAGCCUUUGCAGCCAUGUCCUGCUGACUGGGGGCGAAUGCUGGAUGCUGCAACCCAGAGGAGAACUGAAGUUCUUACUCCUGAAAAUCUUGAAAACAUGUGGACCAAAGGAAGAAACUAUAAAAAGAAAGAGAAGAAAGCUAUGACAAAAGGAGCUCAGGAAUCUAAUGUAAAAUUUUCUGGAUAUAUUAAUGCUGUUCCUACUGGAAAUCUGAGGAAGGAAACACAGUGCUUUCAGAAUCCUAAAGAGGAGUCUUAUGUUGAGGGAGGGCAUGCUGUUGAUAAAUUAGCGGACAAUAGCAAUUUGAGUGCCAAUGUAAAUAAGAGCAGGAUUAAGAGAUCCAGUAGCACAUCUGCUUUGAAAGUAGAACCUGAUACAAAAGCGACAUUUACAGAUUGCGGAGGGCCAAUCAUUUCUGAGUUCUACAGGCCUGAUUAUGGCAGGCAUAGAGAACAGUUUUACGGUAAGAGUGCCUCAGACAUAGUCAUCCACAGUGUGGGACAACAUCUUCCCAAGCUGAGGUGCCGGGUUAUGGGAGCAUACUUUGAGAAACUUGGUUCAAAAUCUUUUGCAGUUUAUUCAAUCGCAGUGACAGAUGCAGAUAGCAGAACUUGGUUUGUGAAAAGAAGAUACAGGAAUUUUGAACGAUUACAUAGGCAUCUUAAAGAUAUUCCUAAUUAUACAUUACAUUUGCCCCCCAAAAGGAUAUUUUCCUCAAGUACAGAGGAUGCGUUCGUUCAUCAGCGAUGCAUUCAGCUUGAUAAAUAUCUCCAAGAUCUAUUGUCAAUAGCUAAUGUUGCCGAACAGCAUGAAGUGUGGGAUUUUUUAAGUGUUUCGUCAAAGAAUUACUCUUUUGGAAAAUCUCCCUCAGUGAUGAGAACUUUAGCAGUUAAUGUCGAUGAUGCCAUGGAUGAUAUUGUACGCCAGUUUAAAGGGGUGUCAGAUGGUUUGAUGCGAAAAGUUGUAGGUUCACCUUCACCCACUGAUGAAACUAUGUCUUCAGUUUCUUCCCGCAACAUCUCCUGGAAUGCAGAAGAGAUAAGCAAACACAUUUCUAGGCAAGAUACAGCAGAAACAGCAAAUAGUUUGUCUGACAAUGAUGAAGGUUACAAAUAUAAAAAUCAUGAGCCUGAGGAUGUUGGAUCUAGUGCACAAGCUAGUGGGUGGCAUUCAGACAAUGAAUUGAACUCCAAGAAUUUUCCACCCCGGGUGGUAAAACAGUCAAGGAGCUUGGGUUUGGAAAGAAAACAUGUUGCAAUUGCAAACUCCGAGGUUGGUCCAGGUGGAUUUCCUGCAGUAGAAUUUCAAGCAGUUGCCGCUAAUUUGGAGGUUCCACCUGAGUGGACUCCUCCUAAUGUGAGUGUACCUUUGUUGAAUCUAGUGGAUAAAAUAUUUCAGCUUAAGAAGAGAGGGUGGCUAAGAAGACAAGUGUUUUGGAUAUCAAAGCAAAUACUACAGUUGGUAAUGGAAGAUGCAAUUGAUGACUUUCUCUUAAGGCAGAUUCAUUGGCUUCGGAGAGAGGAUGUUAUUGCUCAAGGGAUUCGGUGGAUUCAAGAUACUCUAUGGCCUGAUGGGGAAUUCUUCCUUAAAGUCAGAAGUGCUCAAAGCGAUGAUAAUGAUGCUCAACCUAAUCAACAAUAUUCUCAAACUGUAAAUCAAUUUAGCAGCAGUAAGGUCUCUAAACCAGGGUCGUUUGAGGAAAAACUUGAAGCUGCUCGUAGAGCAAGUGAUGUCAAGAAAAUGCUCUUUGAUGGAGCUCCAACAACCCUUGUGAGUUUGAUUGGGCAUAAGCAGUACAAGCGUUGUGCAAAAGACAUUUACUAUUUCACUCAGUCUACUGUUUGCGUAAAGCAACUUGCUUUUGCAAUACUCGAGCUCUCCCUCAUAUCUCUUUUCCCCGAGCUGCGGAAUCUUAUUCUGGAUGUACAUGAGAAGACACGAAUUUAUCAACCUGUAUAGAUCUUCAUCUCCUUGUAAUGGCUGGUGAUCUUGCUUGUAAAGUUUCAAAUUUGCGUGAUCCUUCACAAGAUGGGCAGUUAACAUGGGAAUUUGUAGUAUUUAUUUCAUAGAAAAUAGGAAACAUGGUGUUGAAAUUUAUUGGGAAGUUUUUGGAAUGGGAGGGCUAAACAGCUCUGCGUCUCUCAUUUCAACUGUACAAAGAAAUAGAUUUAGGAUUUGUAAAUUAGUAUUUUUUUUUUUUUUUUUUUUUUUUUUUUUUUUUUUUUUUUUUGGUUUCGGAGUUUAUACCUGCAAAGUUUAGCAGUACCCUUGAAUGGGGAUUUUGUAUUGUUUUGAGACUUGAGAAAUACGAUUAGUUAUCAAUCGUAUUUGUUAUAACAAAAAUAUUGUUAGUCUUUGAACACUGCAGGUGCAGCUAACAUACUUAGUAAUAAAUUGUAAACAUUGCCUGUUUCCUUAAAACUAUUUCAUAUUUUUUACUUA